ACUUUCAGAAUUAGUCAAAACGUUAGCAACUCUUGUAGAAGAACUUUCUAAGUAAUUACUCAGCAUUAUUGUCGAGUGAAGCAAAAUCACCGAAAAUGCGUGCAAUCAGUAUUUGUUUAGUUCUGGUGUUGUUCGUGGCCAUCGUCACUUUGGAAGCAGCGCAACAGCCAUUAUCCCUGAUCGAUAUCGACGCGCAGCAAGGACAUGAGAACGAAGGCGAUCGGUUGACCCGCCAAUAUGGUAGCUUUGGAGGUCGUGGAAGUUGGGGUGGCUUUGGUAGAUUUGGUGGCCGUGGUGGCUAUGGUGGCUAUGGCGGUUAUGGACGUCGUGGUGGCCAUUGGGGUUAACAUUAGCAAGAAAUGUGAAAAACUAAUUGGUAUUUUUUUAGUUAAAUUAUGACUUUUUUAAUGUGAUUAAACAAACGUAUUAAAUAAUAAAAACAAACAAGAUUUUGCAAUAA